CCAAUCAACUUAAUGAAAUGCGCAAGAAAGUCAUCGACAAACUUGCCAACAAGAGUUCUGAACCGAGUGAUGUAACUUGCAUAUGGGACUAUGCCGGCCAACUUGAAUAUUUCAUUACUCACCGAAUUUUUAUUACAGAUGGCAAUUCUUAUGGAGUUGUUUUCAGUUUGGUAGAUGCUUUGGAUAAACUGGCAAAAAGAAGAGAUCCCAAAAAAAGACAUUUUGAGAUGACAAAUCUGCAAAUGAUCAUAUUUUGGAUAAGGCUGAUAUAUGAGUAUGCUGUACUGCUACAUGGCUCAGAGGAGAAACCUUUGAUCAAUGGAAUUAUAGCAUCACCGACGAUUAGUCUGAUUGGGACGCACAAGGACCUACUCACGGGGAGUGAUGCUGAGAAGCAGGCAAAGAUUGAUGUCGUAUUAGGCAGAAUUUUAGAGGAAAUCAAAGGGACGCCAUACGAGCGUCACGUAGAUCGCGAGAUGUAUGCUGUAGACAACACCACAGCACUGGAUGAAGGGAUUCAAAAACUGAAAAGAAACGUAGGCGGUUUCAUGAAGGGAAUGGCAAGAACUGUUCCAAUAAAUUGGAUGGAUUUCCACAUUGAGGUACAAGAAGCCGGAAAAACAACUCUGCGCAUGUCUUUAGAUAAGAUCGCUAAUAUUGCUAAGAAAUGUGGUAUAAAUGAAGACAACCUCAUCCACCUCCUCAAUUACCUGAAUGAUGUUGGGAUCAUUCUGUAUUCGCCCACUAACACGAAAUUGAAGAACACUGUGAUUACUAACAUCCAUUUGCUGAUUGGUAUCUUCAUGAAAAUCAUCACAGUUGUGGAACCUGAUGAUGUUAAGACCGCUCCAGUAAUGAUACAGUAUUGGCGUAAGUUCGUUGAAGAAGGAUUUCUUGCGGAACAACUAGUUCGUCAUUUGUGGAGAAAUGAGCUUACUGCCAGUCCUGAUGAGAAUGACGUCAUCUUUGGAGACUUCAUUGAAAUUAUGAAGACAUUUGGACUUCUCUUUGAAAAGGGAUCUAAGAAAGGCAGUAGAAUGUUCAUCGUUCCUUCUAGGAUGAGCCUUAAAACAUGCAACUUGAAUGUUGGGAAAGACGACGAGCAGACAGUAUCGGUUUAUGUGACCCCCAAAGAAUUUCUCCCUGACGCUGUGUACAACGUCUUGGUAGUUAAAUUCCUAGAUCUCAGUCAGGACAAAGCAUGUAGUGGAAACCCGGAAUUGUUUCAGAAUCAGGCUGAAAUAGAUUUUGACGAUAUGCAUUACUUGAGACUCGGGUUUGUGUGCAUUAACAACAAACGGUCACUGAAGUUGGAAAUAAAAAGGAGAACAGAGAUAGAUGAAGAAGGUAAAAGAAAUCCAGCAUCAAAGCCAACACCUAUCGCCUGCAUGGAGAUCUUACAUGUUCUUAAGCGUCAUCUUUAUGACUUCUAUCCUUCUGAAGAUGGCGUCAGUUCAACCUUAAGCAUUCUGUGUCCAGUUUGCUCAGUAAUUGGUUUGAUCCAGGGAAAGCUCCAUUUGCAAAGUUUGGAAAAGUGCUUAAAUUCCAACUUUAUUCAAUGCAAGACAAAUGCAAUGCCAACAGCUAAAAUACAGGCAUUAUUUCAAGCAGAUUUGAGCUUCAGCAAAGAAAUCAGGAAUUCCUACGCCCUCCAAGUAUUAACCACUGACCUGGGAACAGAGAAAAUGCGAAAGUAUUUCAUGAUGAAAGGUAAACUGAGAGGCAAACAUGAGGUCGGAAAGUUCCUGUCAUGGCAGAGAAAAAAUGGACCUUUAAGGGAUGUAGACUUUGGAGACGAAGCAACAAAGAUUUUCAUUGACGAUGUGGACAUCGACUCGUUUGAUAUUACCAUCCUGAUGUCCUUAAUUCAACAUUGCUUUAGUCCUCAAGGCGAUAAAUUCUGGGAGAAUCCACCAGAUGUUCAAGACAAGUCUGAACUGGCAAAUUUGAGACGCAUUCAACUGUACAAAGAAAGCACUCUAGACUGCAGUCACAUCAACAGGACCACAGAUGUAGAGUUUGACAAACAGUGGAAGGAACUUGCCACGAUCUUUAGAAACAUCGGAGUUCCCAAUGAAGACAUUCAGAAAUACCACAAGCUAAGCAUAGCACAACCAGUUAGAGGGUUUGAGCAGGAAAACGUUGAAGAAAUCAGAAAUUUUCAAGUUAUUCUAUCAGCUGUCGUUGAUGUCGGCACUGAAAUAAUGAGGGAGUACUUUUUGGAUGUUGCUAUUCAAGACAAGACAAUCAGAGGAAGCAAAAUUACUAAGCUAGACAAGAAAGAUGUUGGACAGUAUCUAAUGAACGAGAACAGGAAAGGUAGCUUCAAAAAUGCAUGGAAAUUAAUUACUCCUAAGCAAAAGACAAAAUUGUUCACACCAAAUGCUGACAUUAACACGUUUGAUAUUUCGAUUAUGAUGAUAAUAAUCCGUAACUGCUGUAGCGUGCCAGACUCUUUCUGGGAGAACCCAGAUAGACUGUAUAGCUUGGUGCACAUCCAUCACUACAGGAACACAAUGCUUGCACAUUCACCUAACAGUAGAAUGUCAAAUAAAGAUUUUGAGAUCGAAUGGAAGAAAGUGAGAUCAAUGCUACACGCUGCUGGUGCUUCUUUCAAUGAAAUUGACAAAUAUAGAGGGCUAAGAUUACAUUAAAAACGAAUUAAAAGGCGGAACAAGUAUGGUUAGAUUUUACAGCACUACGAUGUAACUACCGUCAUCAUUGGAACCUACUCACUGACGUCAUCAUAACUGAAUCAAAUUUUGUGCAAUGCUUUGAUUUUUUUGUGGUGUAUUUGUAAAUUUGAUAAUUAAAUAAUAGUUAAUUAAAUUUAUGUAGUACUGUAUAAUAUAGUAUUUUAUUUUUCGUGAAUUUCUUAUGUUGACAAUUUUAAUAAAUUUGAAGGUUACUUUUACGUCAAUUCUCCCUGUCUUUUUGCUAAUGCUUGGUUAAUGUUUACAUUUUGUAUAAUACUAUGUAUUUUUGUAAAAGAGCCUUGGCUGCGAUUUUGAUACAAGAUACAAGAAACUGAAACUGAUUCAGAUCACUUAUACCGACACGUCCUCUCAUCUAGCACUUUCUAUUAGAAUGCCCACAAUUUUAUAAUAUUAGGGCUAAGACCUUCUAUGAAAUUGAAAUUGCUCUAUUUAACAAUAAUUUACAUGAAUAUUAGGAAAAUUUCUGCAAUGGCUCACCAGAUCUAAACAUUCAUUAUUUGCUUGAUGAUCUUUUCUCAACAAAUUUCACACUCGGUUUAAUUUUUGAUACAUAUAUUAAAGAAUAUCUAAAAGAUGCAUGGGAUAA